CACGGUUUUCAUCACGUUGCAGUCCGACCGGAAAACCGGCCCAAAACCGCUUUUGUCCUGUUCGAGGGCACGUGGCAGCGGAUCCAGUGUCCCAUGGGAAUUUGCAACGCCCCCGCAACAUUCCAACGGGCCAUGAAUAUGGCCUUCGCCGAGUUCGUUAACAAAACCCGUUUGACACAGCCGUUGAUAAAUUUCUGUGUGAUUGUGUACAUGGAUGAUAUUUUGGUCUUUUCCAAAACCUACGAGUACCAUGUGGAACAUGUCGAAUGGGUGUUGCAUGCGUUGAAGGAUGCGGGGUUCAAAGUGGCUCCGGAGAAAAGCGAGUUCUUUUUGUCCGAAAUUUCCUUUUUGGGCUACAUCGUCACGGUCGAGGGACUGAAACCGGAUCCCAGGAAGGUAGCGGCGGUUCGAGAAGCCCCAACCCCGAUCACGCUCACUCAGGUUGGAGCCUUCCUAGGGCUGGCCUCUUAUUAUCGACGCUUCACUGGUAUUCGGAGCUUUGCCUGCCUCGCCAAGCCACUGACGAACCUGCUGAAGAAGGAGGAGCAGCUGAUCUGGACGCUGGAAUGCGAGGCGGCUUUUCGGGCACUCAAGGAGGCUCUAACAUCGGCACCCGUGUUGGCGCGUCCCGAUCCGACGAGACAGUUUGCGCUGCAUACCGACUGGCAGUCGCAGGCGAUAUCGGCGGUGCUGACUCAGCAAGGAACGGACGAAAGGGAGCACGUCAUUGAGUAUGCGUCUAAGACGCUGAGCCAGGUGCAGUCUAAUUACGAAGCAUGCAAAGGGGAAUGUCUAGCGGUGGUGUGGGGGAUUGAGCAUUUCCGGCCGUAUCUUUACGACCAGAAAUUUGUGCUGGUAACGGAUCAUCAGCCGCUGCUGUCCCUACGCCACAACACGGACUACACAGGGACGCUGGGAAGGUGGGCGGUGCGCCCGCAGGACUAUGACUUCGACAUUCGCCACCGUGCCACGCGGCAGCAUGGCAACGCCGAUGGAUUAACGCGCCUCCUGCCGCCCAACAAGUGUCCCGCCAAUGAGCGACUCAUUCCGUGGAAGCCGGAAGCCAUUCCGACGGAUCCGCGCUACGGGGGGCUGCACGUGCUGCGCAAGGGCGACGCCUGAGUCUAGAAUGGAGAUUUCGCCAGAGAUGGUGGACGCCAUCUCCUUCUCUCGUCCAGUUCUCUUGCUCCCUCGU